AUGUCUAACGUCUUUCUCGGUGGAUUCGACGGCACAAUUACUGCCUCGACUUACGCGGUCAUCAGCUCAGAAUUCAACGCGGCCAACACGGCAUCCUGGCUGACUACCUCGUACCUCAUUACAAGCACCGCUUUUCAGCCGCUCUACGGGCGGUUCUCUGACUUGCUUGGACGUCGUGCUUGCUUCUUUACUGCCACGAUCUCUUUCAUGAUUGGGUGUCUGGGAUGUGCCGUGGCACGAGAUGUGGUCUUUCUCAACAUCAUGCGUGCGCUUACUGGCAUUGGAGGAGGCGGGUUGAUGACCAUGGCAACUAUCAUUAACUCCGAUCUCAUUCCCUUCCGUCAACGUGGCAUGUACCAGGUUGUCCAGAAUGUCUCGUACGGGUUCGGUGCUAUUUGCGGUGCAUCAUUCGGCGGCAGUAUCGUGGACACCAUCGGGUGGCGCUGGUGCUUCUUGCUUCAAGUUCCGGUCUCACUGGCUGCUCUCGUCUUGGGUUACUUUGUGCUCAAGUUUCCUGCAAAAGAGGACCAUGCUUCCGAACAACAGUCCAAAGGUCUUUGGCAGCAAAUCGAUCUGCUUGGCUCCCUACUUCUCGUUUUGGCUCUGUCAAGUCAGCUCGUGGGACUGAGUCUUGGAGGUAAUGAGCUCCCAUGGAGUAAUAUCUGGGUUAUACUGUCACUUGUCGCCAGCUUGGUAUUUUUGGUGGCUUUCUUUGCCGUUGAGGCCACCACAACGGCUGCCCCACUUAUCCCAUUGAAGAUGCUGCAAGGACUUCAUCCAGUUUCGACUCAAAUUGCGAAUAUCUGCGUGGGUAUGGCCGCAUACGCUUUUCUCUUCACUCUCCCCCUGCUUUUCCAGGUCAUUCUUCUCGACAGCCCUACGAAGGCUGGUGCUCGUCUGGCUAUUCCGUCUCUCGCCACUCCACUAGGUGGUCUCAUUUCUGGCGUUGUAAUGUCGCGAUGGGGAAAGCUCGCCCAUCUCGUACGUGCCGGCGCAGCCUUGAUGUUUAUUGGAAAUCUGCUAGUCACGCUCCUGCGAUUCCAUGACUCGGAAUGGAAGUACUACGCCUAUAUCAUCCCCGCCAACCUCGGACAAGGCAUCGUUUACCCCGGUAUUCUAUUCACAUUCCUCGCUGCAUUCGAUCACUCCGAUCACGCCGUCUCUGCUUCGACCGUAUACCUCAUCCGCUCUCUGGGCACCGUUUGGGGCGUCGCCGUCACAUCGGCAAUUAUUCAGAACACAUUGAGCUCAGGCCUCGGGGAGGCCUUGAGUGGAAUACCAGACGAAUGGAAAGUCAUUGACGAGAUCCGUCAUUCAGUCUCGGCAAUUCAUGAUUUACCACCAGACGCACAACUCGCCGUUAGGUUAGUUUACUACCGCGGUAUCCGGCUGUGCUUCGCGGCAUCUGCUUCGUUCGGAGGUAUAGCGACCAUCGCGGCCCUCUUCACUCGUGGGAAGGGGCUGGAACGCACCGGUGGGGAUUAG